GCACUGUUAUAACUGCACGGAGCUAGAGCGGGUCAAGUGGGGCUUGCCCCAGAGGGUAGGGUGACCAGACAGCAAGUGUGGAAAAAACAGGACGGGAGGUGGGGGGUAACAGGAGCCUAUGUAAGACAAAGCCCCCAGUAUCAGGACUGUCCCUAUAAAAUCGGGACAUCUGGUCACCUACCCGAGGGGCAGAUCGGAAGAGGAGAGUUAUCUGCAUUACACAUAACGGCCCCCAAACAAAUCCCUGCCGCACGGCAGCCAGCCCGCGGGCUCCCCCCCGCUCCGGGGGCGCCGCAGCCCCUCUCGCCCCCCAGCGUCUGAGUGAGCGGGGCUGGGGGCUGCCUCCCGCCCGCUCCCGCCUCCCUCUGGCUCCCCAGCCCCGGCAGGCGGCCGCUGCCCCCGCCCCCGGCCCCGGCCCCUCCCUCCCGGCCCAGCCGCGGGCGAGCGGAGCCGGCCAGUGCGUGUGAGCCGCUGCCCCGCGCGCGCCCUGCCUCAGCUCGCCGCCCGGGGACGCCGGGCCGAGGGCACGAGAAGGCGGCCGCUGAGUAGCCCUGCGACCCGCACCGGAGGCAGCGCGGGCACCGAGGCCGGAGAGCGAGCCAUGGGUUGCUUUGAAUGUUGCAUUAAGUGCCUGGGAGGAGUUCCAUAUGCUUCACUUGUGGCAACCAUUCUCUGCUUUUCUGGGGUAGCAUUGUUUUGUGGCUGUGGUCAUGUGGCUCUCACUGGAACCGUAUCUAUCCUUGAACAACACUUCUCCACAAACUCCAGUGAUCAUGCUUUGCUGAGUGAAGUCAUACAGCUAAUGCAGUAUGUAAUCUAUGGCAUUGCAUCGUUUUUUUUCUUAUAUGGAAUAAUCCUUUUGGCAGAAGGCUUUUAUACAACAAGUGCUGUGAAGGAGCUACAUGGUGAGUUCAAAACAACAGCCUGUGGCCGAUGCAUCAGUGGAAUGUUUGUUUUCCUCACAUAUGUGCUUGGAGUGGCCUGGCUUGGGGUCUUUGGCUUUUCUGCUGUGCCUGUCUUUAUGUUCUAUAACAUAUGGUCAACUUGUGAAGUCAUCAAAUCACUUCAGACAAAUAUGACAGCUUCAGGGGACCAGAUCUGCGUGGAUGUCAGGCAAUAUGGUAUCAUCCCUUGGAAUGCUGUACCAGGCAGGGCUUGUGGGCCAAUUUUAGAGAACAUCUGCAACACAAAUGAGUUCUACAUGUCCUAUCACCUGUUCAUUGUGGCUUGUGCUGGAGCUGGUGCCACUGUCAUAGCCCUGCUGAUCUACAUGAUGGCUACCACAUAUAACUAUGCUGUUUUGAAGUUUAAGAGUCGGGAAGAUUGCUGCACUAAAUUCUAAAUUGCAUAAGCCCAGUAAAGAGCUGCAUGCAUAGCCUGAAAUACCACUGACACCCUAGACUAAGAGUCUAGCUUUUCAAUUUUGUUACAGUAACUUGUAAAUAGCUUCAGUAAGCAUCAUUUAGCAUAUCAGAUUAAUAAAAUGACUUAUUGUAUAUGAAUUUUGAUGUGGAUGAGAUCUGGCUAUUUUCUAAACGUUGAGAGGAUUCAGUUACUUUAGAUGUUGCAAAUCAUCCUCUGAAGACAGGAGUUAUUAAAUGAAAGACAUGUUAACAGUUAUCUCUCAAACAAAUUUUUAAAUGCCAGUGAUUAGUUAUUUUUCUCUCUCCUGUGCACUAAUUUCAGUAGUAAGAAUAAAGCAUACAUUAUAGCUGAUGUACAAGGGACCAGGUUGAUUAGAAGAGUGCUAAUGCAUAGCUGUUUGACUGACAUACAGAACCAUGUGUUUACAAAUGUAUUUUAAAAAAAGGCUCCAUAUACAUUUGCCAGUAUUUCCAAUUUAUGGAUGACAAAGUCACAAGAUGCAGCCUAUUAGUGAGGCUUUAGGAAACUCUACAAGAAUUGAAACUUCAAUACUAAAUGUUCAAACAACUGCCAAAUCAUGCUUUCUCUGGAAAAAGAAAAUACCAUGCCCUUGCGCUGCGUAAAACAAUCACUUUCCUUUUUGGACUCCAAACUGACUGUAAGAAACAGCAUUAGGUAAUUUCUGUGCUGGUACUGUUUAUGAAGUAGUAACUGAUUUCUCAGUAGCCAGAUCUCAAAAUAUAAGUUUGACUGUAUGGGAAGCUAAACUGUGCAUAGACCAACACUGCUGAAAAGGCACAAAAGAAUCAAGGUGUUUUCAGAUGUAGGUUUUUCUUGCAUGAAAUUUGGUGAAAAGAAGAUGGCAAGAGAUUUUUACUGUGCAAACUGAAACAAUUUCUAUAUAUGCUCAAACUUUACCUGAAAGUAGACAAUGGGAGUUUUAAAAAAAAAAAGUUAUAAAAAUGCCACCACUAAGAUUUGUUAACUCAGAUUACAUGCUUUUGCUUAUAGUUUUGGACUCGCAUUUCCUUAUUUAAUUUCCCCAUGUUAAAAUGUAGCUUUUUAUUAUUCAUAGUAAACAAUGUUUUACAAUUUUAGGCUUCUUUGGGGGGUUGAAUGGGAUGGGAGGGAAAUCUCACCAGAAUCUUUGCACUACCAUGUGUUUAAAGAAAAACACCAGAAACUUAAGCAUCAGUUAUCGACUCUAGGCUUCAGAGUAUAUAUGUGCCAAAUGCAAAAAGCUGCUUCUAUUUUUACUUCCUUUUUUCCUGUGUUGCAUUUUAACUGAUCAGUAAAACUUCCACUCAUUUUUACUACUUCUGCAUACUAACUCUAGCUAGUUUUUAAUAAGCAAACUAGAAGAUAAGCAUGCAAAAUUCUAGAAGUUAAUUGAAAUGAGCCUCUGUGCUGUUUAACAGAAUGCUUAUUAAUGUAGAAUAACUUUGUUUUUUGUUUAAUGAAUGUCUUAAUCUGACUAGCAGCUCGCUUUGCCUCUUGACAUGCUCACUAGCCAUCAUGCUCACCCUUCUCUUCCAGAUCCACUUCCUCAUGAUACUGUCUUCUAACUGGGCCUACUUAAAGGAUGCAAGCAAAAUGCAAGCUUACCAAGAUAUCAAAGCAAAAGAAGAGCAGGAGCUUCAAGAUAUCCAGUCUCGGUCAAAAGAGCAACUCAAUUCUUACACAUAAAAGUUUGCCAGAGUAAUUCAACAGAAGAAUUUUGUAGUUCUGACAAAUCAUCAAACAGCUGCUCUGCAGUACAGAUGUAUGUCUACCAAACAAUCUAAUACAGAAGUGUAAAAACUUCACAUUCAAGCUCCUGAAACAUGUUCAAAGGGAAACCUUCCAGUGGAUAACCUUCCUUUCUUUAGUACAGAUUUAAGAGGUUUCAGUCCAGCCAUUUUAAAAGGCAACACUUUGUAACAAGUGACUGGUCAGUCAUCCUUUUGAGACUCUUGGUAUUAAUUCUUGUGGCCUAAAGCUCCUCUACAAAAUUGUAGUAGCAGGAGAUUUAUGGCCAUAAAUAAUUGCACAGUUGUGAGAUGUGAUAAAACAAUUAUUCCAGUUUUAUACCAAAUGAAACUGUGGCUAGCUCAUCAAAUUUCUCAUAGCUCAUGUUUAUUUACUGAUACAAUCUCAGCAUGUCAUAAACCAGCUGAUUCAUAAAAGGGCAAGUGUCUAACUAAAAGCACUUUAUGGGCUGAAGACAGAAGUCCAUUUUCAGAGCCACAUCUUUUUCAAUAAUGCUAUAGUGAGCCACUGUCAUUCUACUGCACUUACUAUCUGCGCAAGCUGGGUGCUGAAUAAUUGCUCAGCUGCUCCAAGUUUUAAUUAUUUUUAUUAACUAGUUGAUGGAAUGUAAAUGCCUAUCAGGAUAAUGAUCCCCUUCUUUGAAAAUAAAUGUCAGCUUUGCCUUAAUGUUUAUUUUCUAUAAAUGCCUUAGCAUUUAUAGUAGCAGGAGACCAUUAUCUGUAUUAUUAAGCAAAAAGUGUUACCUUAUUAAAAUGAAACUGAUUUGACUAUUCCAAAUGAGCAGACUAGUGAAUUUGCAGGUUCACAUAAGCUAUAAAAGAUACACCCAUAAAGCAGACCACUGGUCAGCCACCUUUCUCUACUUCGGUGCUUAAGUUUAGUCAGUGCUUAUUCAUUUUCUCUUUAUAAAUCACAAAAAGCAAGGGUGGAGUUCAACAAAAAAUCUGGUGCCGUGUUAGUCAUUUCCCAUAGCAGUCUGCCUUCAUUUUGUUUUUUCAGAAACAUUCAGAGUAUUAGUGAUGGGUAUAUUUGGUGUUUGUUCUUUACAAAAUAUAUAAAUAUGGGGGAAAAAAAUCAAGUAUCAGUCAUUU